UGAAGAUAUGAACAGAUUUUCUUGAAGUUACAUAAUUAAGCGGAAAAUAGACAGUUGGACAACGGGUUGGGGGAAAGUGAUAAUACCAAUUGAUCAGUAACCUUUGAAUUAAUAUGGAUAGUAAAGACGAACCAGUUCCUAAUGCUAAUCAGCGCCCAGCAUCCAAACUACACGUCCAUGUACAAGGGAAACCAGACCAUAUGGCAGUUGGUACUAAAAAUACAAUAGUAUUCUUUCGUGCUACUUCAAAAGACGAUGAUACUAACAACAAUAAUAUUCAGAGCGGUGUGACGUCAGACAUUGUGAUUCUGUCUGAAAAGAAUGAAGUGAAAUGUAAAUAUAAAAGCAACCCUGGUGAAUCUACAAUUAUUACUAUCGGAAACAACUGUGAUAUAGUUGAAAUUGCUAUUAAUCCUGAUCUAGAACAGAAAUUGAAAGAAGCCGGUGAAUUUCAAGUAACCAAGGGAGAUAAGUUGGUCUCUAUUAGAUGGAAAAACGAUGAUAAUUGGAGUAAUGAUGAAGAGGCAUACUGCGAAUGGAAAAUACGUUUCACUAAAGACGGGAAAAAAGUUGAUACUCUAAAACUCGAGAAGGAAAUUUUUGAAAAAAUGGUAGACGAGAACAAUAACGACCUACGCGAUUUGGUGACGGAAUUGAUAACAAUAUAUAAUGCUAAAUUACAGCAUAUUGAAAGUGGAUGUAUACAACUAGUCUUGUCUACACAAUCACCUGAAGAUGCACGACGCCUUGAGAAGCAAAAAGAUGAACUCAAAGCCUUAUUGCAUAGAACAAUUAUUCCAGAAUCCAUUGAAAUAGACCUUGAAUUUCAAUCCACAGAUUCGUCUCAGGAACAGGAUGGUCUUGAUAAGGAAAAUCCCGUGUCAGGUGAACACAAGAUGCUUCCCAAAGAUGGUCAAAUAUCACUUGAAGACGAUCCACUUUCUGAUACUGAAGUCGAAAAAGUUAAUAUCCAAGAUGAAAUUGUAAAACCGCAAAGAGCUGGUAGAGUUUUAAGUCAGUUCAUUAAACUGGAGCCAGUCAGUGGUAAUAUGUUUGACUCUAAUCAAAAAGAGAGAGUACUGAUUGAGAAACGCAGUAUGAAACGAACUGUUGGCUCUGGACCUCAAAUUCAACAGUUCAAGGAAGUCAAUCCUCCUAAUUUCGAGGCCAUGACAGCAAGAGAACUUUGGAGCAGUCGUCAGCUUAUGAGUCCAAAUAGCGAACCAAUUAGAUCUCCAGAAAAUGUAGACAUAAGAGUCCCCAGAAAAGACGAGUCGUAUUUUGACUUUGACUAA